AUGCGGGCUGUGAUGCUGGUGGUGUGCGCAGUGGUGGUCCUGCUGCCGGAGAGUGAAGGCACCCUCGACCUCGCCGCUCUUAAGGUUCUUAAAUUAAUUGGAUUGGCCAAGCUGAAAAAAGGUGUCUUAGGGUCGAAGAACUCCGAAGGUCUGCCUAGUCUAGGCUCUCCUUUCCGUGACUUGGCUGAUUCUGGCUACGACUCCCGGCCCAGCUACGGCCCUUCCCACUACACCGGCGGCGGACCUCCAGCCUUCUACAUCGUCCCGGCUAGCUACUUCGAUGACCACUACAGGAGAGGCAAGCGUGACACAAAGGCGUCUCUCCAUCAGAGUGUUGGGCCGGUCCCCGGCACCCUGGAGGUGGCGAGCGGGUCCCUCCUGCAGGAGGAGGAGGAGCAGUUCAGAGUGUUGAGAGAGGAGGACGCUGACGGGUGUGUUCUUCGGCUGGUGUGUGAGCUGGCCGCCGCACCCGCCCACACCCUCACUCACGACGAGCAGCUCAUAAUGGCAGUGUUCAGCUCCUCUACGGACGCCCCAGCCAACACGGACCUGAGCAACUCCAGAAGGGCAUACGACGAGGCCGCCUGGCUGGGAAGGAGGUCCACCAACCCGAGCCAAAGCUGCGCCGCCGUGUACAGCACCUGUCCUGUCUCUGCCAAGCAGCUGAUGAAGGUGUUCUCCACAGCGGAGCUGACCCAGCAGGCCCAGCUGCACCCUUAGGUCGCACUCUAACAUCAAGAUGACUCUCAUGUCCCAAACUUAUUUGUGCAAAAGUGCAUACUUGAAGAACUUGUUACAGCCUUGCUAGGGGACUUUAUUCAGGACAAGACAUCCUCCUGUUUAGCUAGUACUUUUUGUAACUGUGUGAACCAUCGUACAUAUAUUGACGUAAUGGACACUUAGAUAAUAGAAUUUGGUACUAUUUAUUUUAUAGAGUCCGGAAAAAUAAAGCUAAAAACCAAACUUAUAUAUUCCUAGUUCUAGUAUAGCACAAAUAUGUACUAUAAUAGACCUCAAAUAGCGUAUUAGGCCAAGGAUGGUUAGGUUAGGUUUUAUUAGCAACAUAAAUACAAAACCUUUUCCAAUUUGUCCAAAUUC